AUGCUGUUUCCUUAUACCCCAUACGAGACAGUUGCAUUCGUAGCAGAAAAGUUGUCCUUUUCAGGGUUCCGGGGAUUGCUCUUAUCUGAGCUAUGGCAGGUGAUUCAACAAGAGUUCAAGCAAACAGAAGAGUUGGAUAAGUUUCAAAAAGAUAUUAUCUGGAAGUGGUUAUUCUUUGAUUAUAGAGAUGAGAAUGAAAAUGCAGAGGUUAAAUUCUAUGUGACGUACGAUAAAGAACCCAUUACAAUUGAGUCAAAUUAUCAAUCAUUCAUUUCGAAACAAAAGAGAUCGCAGGAAUUGAGGGUUCUCCCCACCGAAGAGACCCAAUGCUACUACUUGACAGGAGUGUCGAAUAACAAAAAAUUUAUCCUCACACUUGGUGCCUUCCCAUACCAAUUGCUACAAGAGAUAGCUAGACAUGGAGCGAAAGGAACUUGGGCUAGUGACUUACCCCUGACUACAGGGCAAGACAAGCGGUCGAUGACCGGGAGAUUAAACAAGCUCGAAGAAGCGGGCUUAAUAGUUAAGGAGCACAGGUUCUAUGAGGAAAAGAGAAUACAUAGCACGUGGGCGGUUCAUUACAAGUUUGGCGAUACCUCAAAAGUUAAAAAAGGUGAUGACGAAGAGAAUGGAUUUGAUCAUACCCCAGUAAGGAUGAGAAAGUUCAUCAUGAAUGCAUUGAAGCAAGCUCAAAAUAACAUAAGAACAUUCCGUGAUAUGAAAGUGGAGUUGAAAAUGAAUAGAAAUUCACAAGCUGCUAGGUUGUUUGGUUCAGUGAUUGAAAACUUGUGCGAAAAUGGAUACAUUGAGAGAAUUGAUGUUCAGGAUCAAACUCAUCCAUCCAGAAAACUUUAUGCAUUAAGGUUUGUAAAAGACUUGCCAAGUCUGAGUUUGGAAGAUGGGUACGAUACUUGGGAUUUGAGUUUAAGAACAGGACAAGAUCCCGAAACUCGAUUCGAAGAACAUGAAGAAGAUUGCGACGAUGACGAUUAUUUUAUUGCUACUUUUAACGAUAUCUUUCCACUCACUGCUCAGGUAUACGAAGCGAUCAAAAACUCAGGAAGUGAUGGAAUUAUAGCGAAACAGAUUGUGACAUCGAUCCUGGGCGAUGUAAAGCAUCGUCAAAUCACAAGGCUAUUAGAAAACAAUACUGACUAUUUAUACAAGGAUGGAGGGUUAGAGCCACUAUUGAGUUACUGUCCCGAGCAUAGCAAUACUGCAAUUGUAAAACAAAGCGAAUCUGAUGGGAGAUUGAAAUACUAUCGAUAUUACACCAUUGACAAUUUCAAGGCAAAAUUGACAAAGGCGCAUAAAAAGAAGAGGCCAGAGAGGAAACUACUAAGCACAUCCCUCGCUAGUUUGGAAAAGCAGCAUUAUGUAAAGAUUGAAAAGACGCCAAGCGGACCUUUGCUUUCUGUACCUGACUUUAUCCAUGGCAAGAAAGUAUCACAUGAGGAGGCAUCGCUGUAUCAUAUAAAGGCCCCGAUGGAAACUAGACUGGAAGGCGAGGGUGCAAAAAAACGUAAAGUUGAAGGAACUGACAAAAUUGAUCUAACAGCACCAAGGAAGCGGAGACUACGUCAAAGAGGAAAACUUAAGUCGCUCGAUACUCCGGACGUGGACUCGUACGAUAAAGAGGAUGCACCAAUGGAAGUUGAAGAGGAUCAGGAUUUCAUUCUUGGAGAUACAAAUGACGCUGAUGCAAAAGACGUGGAGGUUGAGAAGCCAGUUGCCAAGGUGAAGCUUGAAAAUGCCCCUAAAGAUGAUGAGACAUUGCUUGAUGAUAGUGGCAAAAAGGGUGUCCUGAAGUUUUCAAGACAAAGUCUAGCCCCAGCUUCAGAAUCUUCAAACCGACUGUACACCCCCCAAAUUAAUCAAAGACCGAAGAAUACACGAUUUAGAAAGGAGGAGCAAAAAUCAAAGAUUGACGAUGCAGAUGUGAAGGGUGCUUAUAGACGAGAUCAGUUUGUUCAGUUGAUAAUCGAAUUGGGAGGAGCAACUUUCACCAGUGCAAAGCUUGGCAGAAUGCUUGAUGAAAAAAUUCAACUGGAGAAACCCACAGAUAUCAAAACUAUUGCUCGUGAUUUGAACAAACUUGCUACUACGGGUGUGAUAGAAGUACAAGUGAUCCCAGUGGUUCAAAGUGGAAGGGAAAUAAAUCGUAGGUUGAUUAUUUUGAAUGACCCAAAGCAUCGACCCCUGGAUGAAUUUGUCGAGCAAAUCAAGUCAAAAAGCAAAGAGCCCAUCAAAAACACAUCAGAAAGGGGUCCAAUUCCGCGUCGACUUGUUGAAACUGACUACACCCUUAUUAAUUCUAGAGAGGCUUUGAAGAGAAGAACGACCCGGUUAACAUCCUUGCAUAGUAAAGACAAGACAAAGAUGAGUCGCCGUCGACCUGCACCAAAGGUCAAACUGGAGUUUGAUAGCAUUUUGGACUUUAGUGCCAACGUCAAUGCAGCUGAAGCAUUUAGUGGAAAGUUUGAAGACCAAUUGGGUACAUUUGAACUAGACAAAUCCGUUCUACAAACAAGAGGCAUUAAAAAGAGGAGUUCUCGAGACAAAAGAGAGCAGAAACUCAAUCGUCAACGUAAAGGACACAGAAUCCAAACUCAAUUUGACACGAGUGAUACUACCACACUUUUCCGAGCAAUUUGCAUAUGCAAAGCGUUUAACAAAUCGUUUAUUGAUUACGACUUAGUGGCAUCGAUGUUCAAGGACUGUGAUGCAAGAUCGUUGAAGAGAACGUGGGUGCAUGUUAGAAAACAAGUGGGUGGUCUUGAUGCAGUGAAUAAAGGUGUGGAAGAGUUUGAACGAGUGGUGAUGAAAGGUGUAGAAGAACUGUAUGUCGUAGUUGAAGAUUUGGAGAACAUUGACCUUCCAUUUUACCUUAAUCUAUGGGCGGGCUUUGACACCUCCAAGAUUGAAAUCACCGACAAAUUUCCUUUAUACUCCACGUUGGUUGAAAACAUGGCAAAUUAUAGCAAGAAGAUUACUGCUGAAACACACAGUGAACUAUUUGAACAGAUUGAUUCUGACUCAAUGAAACAGAAAGAGGAAGCACUUGCUAAUGCUCCUUUUUUUUACAAUGUUCCACAGGAUUUGGUAUCAGACCCAUUGGAACCUGUGAAAACUGCGAUGAAAGGAGUGUAUAGAUCUUCGAAUACGAAGAAAACAAAGCAAAUCAAAGAGAUCUUGUCUCGAUUCAAACCAGAGGAUAUUGAGGCAGCCUUUGCCGCCAUGGAAGACGAGAAAGAGAUUGUUCGCGUUGAUGAAGACACGAACCAAUACAAAUUAACUGAAAAGGUGUAUACAGGCCUCACCUCAAAGCUUUCUAUUUCCUUUUUUAAGCAAGCAGAUUUAUUUGGGGAAAAUGUCAAAGAAGCAACGAAUUCACAACGAGGAAUACUUUUAUCUCAAGGUAUCGAGGAUGGGGAUAUGGCUGAGUUAUUGAACUUGAUAUCCCUAAACGGAAUUUCGCUUGGCCAUAUUGAUAAAAAUUAUACUUUUGAGGGAUAUGAGUCAAGGUCGAUGGACAAAGAUGCCUUGACUUGCGAAUUGAUUGUUUUCAAAGGACCCAAUAACGUUCCGAUUAAUCAGGGUAUUUCAAAAGUCCGCGUUCCAGUUGGCAAACCAUGUUCCUACAUAUGGGUCGAUGUUGAAGGUCAAAUUGAUGUGAAACUUUGGACUCAUAUUAUCAUUUCAUUGUUGUAUGUAAUCCACUAUCGACCCGGUAUACAGGCUCUGUUGUUGUACGAGAAAUUUUGCAAUUUGUUGAGCAGACGUGAAUUUGAGGUUGUGAUAAGAUGGCUUAUCGAUUCAAAGUGCAUCGAAAUAGGAGACUAUUCUGGAAUCUGGUCCAACCAAAACUGGUUGUCACUUUUUGGUUACGAUUAA